AUGGCCACUCAUAACAGGCGGCCCGGGUUAGCAGGACCGUCUUUUAUUGACAAUCAAAAUGACUCUCUAGUACCUCGACGCGGACUGGGGCUUGGAACUCGGUCUGACAGCGGCCAAACCGAUCUAAGCUUCAGGUCUGCCAUUAGCGUCCAUGAUAGGGGAAUAACAGAGUAUGCUAAAUGGGAAGAUGAAAAGUUGAAACGGGAUACAUCAUCUGGCUGCUCGUCCAUCACUGAGCCCGUGGGCAAUAUUUAUGACAUUUCUAGCAUGGACGAAAUGAUAUGGGAAGCCUUUUUCGAGCCGGAGAAGGAUUCAGGCCUGAAAAGAUUUCUCCCUCUUGAUAAGCUUGAGACUCUCAUAAACCAUCGAAGCCUGAAGAGUCUGCUUGAGGAGGAGGGCUUUGCUCCUGACGAAGUUGUGCGAAUGGCCUCGACGAUCCUGGGCGAGACUGGGUCCAACAAACCAGAAAGCAGAUCGCCUGGGCUAAGAAGAAUUUUCGCUCUUUUGGUUAUGGUCGGGCGCAUAGAGGCCAUUGAGAAGUUCAUUCGACAUGAAAUUGACGACUCAGUGCUACCCGUAAAGGUUCUUGCCACCAAUGGUCAGCAGCAUGGCCUGAGACAUGUCCCUCGAUGUGAAACCAACUCUGGCUUCGACAACUCCAAAAUUGAAGACUGUCUAUGGGGAUUCAGCAAAAAAGAGAUGGUGUGUUUUUAUGACCAUCAAAAAGAAAUCGAUGCACCCUUCUUUAGGUUUCCGGGAGACGACGGUAACUUUUGCUUUUACGACUUAGACAGCGAGUGCGUCUUGCCUUUCAUCAAUAUGAUACCAGGUGAAGCUGGAGGGAAUGGAAAAGUGAGCAGAGUACAGAUUCACCCAGCACAUCAUAAUUAUGUUGAUCCUCGCAAGAAAAAGGAAGACCUCUAUUUCGCCUGGAAGAAGCUAAUAAGGGACGAUUGCGAUGAAUUUAGACAAGAGGUCGAGAAUUUGGAGAGGCUAUCGGCAAAGCGAGGACACAGGGAUGACCAUCUUAUGCAUCUAGAAUUGGCGUGUCGGCAUGGAAAGGAAUGUUACCUUGUGUUCCCAUGGGCAGACGGAAACCUUACGCAGUUUUGGCGACACGAGAACCGACGUCGCGACUGCUUGAAGCAUGACGAUGUUAUUUGGUUUUUUAAGCAGUGCCUCGGGUUGUCGACUGGCCUCCGACGUCUCCACGACCUUCAUAGCUAUGAGCCUCCAGUAUUUGGUGCAGAUGGGUGUUACCGGGCAAAGGACUUGGUGGCAGAGGUUGAGAACGACAAAUCAUAUGGCCGGCAUGGUGAUAUCAAGCCAGAGAAUAUUCUUUGGUUCCGCGACUAUAAUGGAAACAGGGAUCACCUAAUGAUAACAGAUUUUGGUUUGACCGAGUUUCACAGUCGGGACUCGAGAUCGCACCGAGGCUUAGACGGACUUGCGGUUACAGACACGUACCAGUCCCCUGAUAUCUUUCUCGCUAGAAAGGUUACACGAAAAUACGAUGUCUGGUCUUUAGGGUGCGUAUUCGUCGAGUUUGUAUCCUGGUUUUUUCUUGACGGAGUGGAUGCGACGGAGGAUUUCUCAAGGGCUCGACUUCCUGAAACAAACGAAGCAUACAGACCAGACACUUUUUUCGACAUCGAAUGUUCUGGCAAACAUCCAAGGGCCCGGUCAGCUAGAGUGAAGCCAGGGGUUCUAAACUGGAUUAACAAGAUACGCGACUUAGAAUACUGCCCAAGGGCUGUCCAUGACUUUCUACAACUGAUAAUGAGUUCUAUGCUCCAACCACUGGUAGAGAAGCGCGAUGAUAGUGCGACGGUCUGCACUAAACUUCAGAAAAUAUUCAAAAGAUGCGAUGCGGACAAGUCUUACGCGGUAAAUGGUUGCUCCGUCGCCCUUUCGUCGACCACCAAUUGGAUAAUGCAGAUGUCCGAGGAGUUCACCAAUUUCCAAACCGAAGAGAUUGACUUUCCAGUGGUUAGUGAUCAGAUGGUCUCUGAUGAUCAGCAAUUCGAAAAGGGGAUGCCGAGAAUCAGUCUGGAUUCGGCCGCGGCGGAUAUCGAUAUUGAGACUACCGAGCCAGACUGGGGCAGCGAAAGCGAAGAUAGCGAAAGGCGAAGUAUCAUGUUAAAAAUGGAGGCGAUGUUCAAGGAUACAGCAAAACGGAAAGGUGAACAGGUUGUAUAG